CGGACGUGGACCCGGGAGCGUGGCGUCGCCGACGGGGCGGGGCCGGGGCGAGCCGGGGGCGGGGCCUGCGCCUGCACCGGGUCUGCCGGGCGCUCGGCCAGUAAACACCGCUGGAGCUGCGCGGAGGAGCAGGAUUGCGAGUACCUUCAGGCUUCAGUUCCAACUUAGAAGCCAGAGGAAUCCAUCCCAGCUGCUCUGUUCUCCUUCAGGAACCAGGACAGAUUCCGAGAAGUUAGCAUUUCAGGAUCAAAAGCUCUCCUAGUCUGAGAAAGCUCCUGUUGCUCUUCCUCCCCAUUGGAUCUCAGCCCAACCACAGGGUAUUCAGGAAAAAGGACUGCUUAUUCUUUCACGCCCGCAUUCAGUGAGCAAGUUGUGCAGAGCAGCAGGUGUGCUAAGUACAGUACCUUGAAAAGUACGCCAGACAUGUGAACUCACACUACUGGACAUGCGAACUCAUGUUCAAAUCUCUGAAGUGUGCAGGUUGAAGGCACUUCCGGAGGCAGGGCCAUGCUCACAUUCAUGGCCUCUGACAGCGAGGAAGAAGUGUGUGAUGAGCGGACGUCCCUGAUGUCGGCCGAGAGCCCCACGCCACGCUCCUGCCAGGACAGCCGGCAGGGCCUGGAGGAUGGAGAGAGUGCCGCCCAGUGGAGAAGCCAGGAGAGUGAGGAGGACCACGAGGAGGAGGACCCUGACCCAUACGUCUGCAGUGGGGUUCCCGGGCGGCCACCAGGCCUGGAGGAGGAGCUGACCCUCAAAUACGGGGCAAAGCAUGUGAUCAUGUUAUUUGUGCCUGUCACGCUGUGCAUGAUCGUGGUGGUGGCCACCAUCAAGUCCGUGCGCUUCUACACAGAGAAGAAUGGACAGCUCAUCUAUACCCCGUUCUCCGAGGACACGCCCUCAGUGGGCCAGCGGCUCCUCAACUCCGUGCUCAACACCCUCAUCAUGAUCAGCGUCAUUGUCACCAUGACGAUCUUCCUGGUCGUGCUCUACAAGUACCGCUGCUACAAGUUCAUCCACGGUUGGCUGAUCAUGUCUUCUCUGAUGUUGCUCUUCCUCUUCACCUACAUCUACCUCGGGGAAGUGCUCAAGACCUACAAUGUGGCCAUGGACUACCCCACCCUGUUCCUGACUGUCUGGAACUUCGGGGCGGUGGGCAUGGUGUGCAUCCACUGGAAGGGCCCCCUGGUGCUGCAACAGGCCUACCUCAUCAUGAUCAGCGCGCUCAUGGCCUUGGUGUUCAUCAAGUACCUCCCGGAGUGGUCCGCCUGGGUCAUUCUGGGCGCCAUCUCCGUGUAUGAUCUUGUGGCUGUGCUGUGCCCCAAAGGGCCACUGAGGAUGCUCGUGGAAACCGCUCAGGAGAGAAACGAGCCCAUAUUCCCUGCCCUCAUAUACUCAUCCGCCAUGGUAUGGACCGUGGGCAUGGCCAAGCUGGACCCUUCCUCUCAGGGAGCCCUUCAGCUCCCCUACGACCCGGAGAUGGAAGAAGACUCCUAUGACAGUUAUGGGGAGCCCUCGUACCCUGACGUCUUUGAGCCCCCGCUGCCUGGCUACCCGGGGGAGGAGCUGGAGGAAGAGGAGGAAAGGGGCGUGAAGCUCGGCCUCGGAGACUUCAUCUUCUACAGUGUGCUGGUGGGCAAGGCGGCCGCCACGGGCAGCGGGGACUGGAACACCACACUGGCCUGCUUUGUGGCCAUCCUCAUUGGUUUGUGUCUGACCCUCCUGCUGCUCGCCGUGUUCAAGAAGGCACUGCCCGCCCUCCCCAUCUCCAUCACGUUCGGGCUCAUCUUCUACUUCUCCACGGACAACCUGGUGCGGCCGUUCAUGGACACCCUGGCCUCCCAUCAGCUCUACAUCUGAGGGGGACGUGGGCGCCGUGGGCUGGAAGCUGUAGGAAGCGGUAACCGGAGGCAGCUGUAUGAUUUUACACUCUAGUGCCAUAUAUUUUUGAGACUUUUCUUUCCUUUAAAAGCAAGUGAGGAUGAAACAGGCUUGUGUUAACUUGGUGAAGAGGAAGGGCCAGCUUUGUGGUGCUAGCGGCUUUGUCGCGGGGCGUGGCUCACCCCCUCGUGAGCACUCGCUUCACCGACAGGAAACCCGGGAAGUCGGGCCAGAGGAGCUGAGGACGGUUCUGAGACGUGAGGGGCGUGGGGAAGGCCCCCUGCUCUCACCCCCCAGCCUGGCGUCCUCGGAGAAGGCCCAGACAGAGGAUGAGGCAAGGCUGUCUGGGACCAGGAGGCCGUGCCCGGGAUGGCACGAAGCGCCUGGUCACUGACUGGAGAGGAAAAGCCAAUUUUCUCUGCAAGGAAUGUUCCCAGCGCUUUGUCUAUGAUGUCAUCAUUAUCUGAUUACCUUUAGAGUCCUUGUCACAGCAGUCGUUGCUGGGAAGUGUCUUAAUAUUACCAUCAAUAAAUAGCCGAGUCCUGUCACA